CAAAAACAAUUUAGGUUCUGUCGUGGCAAAAUUUUGCUAUAAAUUAUGCUCACAGAAUGGUAUUUGCUAUCAGUUAACUCACAGCAGUCAAUUAACUACAAACCAAUCACAAAAUGAAAUUCCUCAUCUGCUUCGCACUCCUCUUCGCCGUCGCUCAGGCCAAUCCCGGUUUGGUGGCUCCUUUGACUUACUCCGCCGCUGCUGUGCCCGCCUAUGCCACCUACGCCGCCGCUCCUUAUGCUGCCUCUCCUUAUGCCGCUUACUCCACCUAUGCCGCUCCCGCCGUGGCCACCUACUCACAUGCCGCCUACUCUGCCCCAGCUGUGGCCACUUACUCCCAUGUUGCUGCUCCUGCUGUGUACAGUGCACCAGUUGCAUCCGUAGCUUCAGUCGCCCCAGUGGCUCCAGUCACCUACUCCGCUCCCUUGGUGUCCACCUUGUUGAAGAAGAAGUAAACAGCUGUGGUCCUUAGUUGAUGAAUGUGCAUUGUAAAGGAUAUUGUUGCAAUAAAUGAUGAAGCGAUUGUAGAAAAUUAUAAGAUUU